CGGAGUGGGCCGCGGAGGCGGCGGCGGCGCUGACAGGCUCAGGGCGGGGCGGCCGGGGGCCCGGGGCCCUGGGGAAGAUGAGCGCCCUCCUAGAGCAGAAGGAGCAGCAGGAGAGGCUGCGGGAGGCAGCGGCCUUGGGGGACAUUCGGGAGGUGCAGAAACUGGUGGAAAGCGGGGUGGAUGUGAACUCCCAAAAUGAGGUCAACGGCUGGACCUGUUUACACUGGGCCUGUAAACGAAACCAUGGGCAGGUGGUCUCUUACCUGCUAAAAUCAGGAGCGGACAGAGAGAUUCUGACAACCAAAGGAGAAAUGCCAGUGCAGUUAACAUCAAGGAGAGAAAUCAGGAAGAUUAUGGGAGUGGAAGAAGCUGAUGAUGACGAGUUCCCCCAGCUGAAGAAGGAGUCAGAACUGCCCUUUGUUCCCAACUAUCUGGCCAACCCACCCUUCCCUUUCAUCUAUACCCCUGCAGCAGAAGACUCCACCCAGCUGCAGAAUGGGGGUCCCUCCACACCUCCAGCAUCACCCCCUGCAGAUGGCUCGCCUCCAUUGCUUGCCCCCACAGAACCCUCUCUGCUAGGGGCCUUUCCUAGGGACCACACCUCUUUGGCACUGGUUCAGAAUGGUGAUAUUUCUGCCCCCUCUGCCAUGCUCAGAACACCAGAAAGCACAAAACCUGGUCCUGUCUGUCAGCCACCAGUGAGUCAGAACCGCUCCCUGUUCUCUGUCCCAUCCAAGCCACCUGUGUCUCUGGAGCCACAAAAUGGGACAUAUGCAGGACCAGCGCCAGCAUUCCAGCCGUUUUUCUUCACCGGAGCAUUUCCAUUUAAUAUGCAAGAGCUGGUACUCAAGGUAAGGAUUCAGAACCCAUCUCUUCGAGAAAAUGAUUUUAUUGAAAUUGAACUAGAUCGGCAGGAGCUCACCUACCAGGAACUGCUCAGAGUGAGCUGCUGUGAGCUGGGUGUUCAUCCAGACCAAGUGGAAAAGAUCAGAAAGUUACCCAAUACUCUGUUAAGAAAGGACAAAGAUGUUGCCCGACUCCAGGAUUUCCAGGAGCUGGAGCUGGUUCUGAUGAUGAGUGAGAAUAAUUUUCUGUUCAGAAAUGCUGCAUCCACACUGACUGAGAGGCCUUGCUACAACCGGAGAGCUUCAAAACUGACAUACUAAUGCAGCAGGGACUUUAUUACUGAGUAUUGUGACAGUAUGUGUCACCUCUGGGCCAAAGGACAAGCCAUUGAUCCCAAAGCCUCAGAUGCCCACCAGGGCCCCUGGUGCCACUGCGUAGUGUACACUAACAUCCUGCCUCAGCAGGUGGGAACCCCAACCCCCAGCAGCGGUGCCACUCUUCCAAGCCUCUUGGUGCACAAUAAACCUAUUGCUGAAUCUUUGAACAGCUGAAAAGUAGUCUUGAGGGGCAGAAGCCGAAGGUACGAUAGCCGGUGUUAUAUGUGCAGAAUCUAGAGAGCUGUGGAAGCAGCAGCUGAGAGCGGACCUAUUUCUAGCCACUCGUGUUGACAGUGCACCUGAAGGGCCCGGUGCACUUCUCUUGGUGUUGCAUGCUCAUGAAGCUCCUGAAAUUUUGAACUGACUAGGGAGGAGGACUGAGGAAAGAAAGCACAGGUGCUGGACAAAGGGAAUCUGGUGUGACCUGUGGCUGUGAGGUUUCAUAUAGCGUAUUUAUAAAUGUUACUCAGGUUUAAAGUAUUUAAAAAUAUAGUUACCUAAUUGUAAAUAGGCUGUUAACCAAAAGAGCUUCCCCUCCCCCAGUUUUCUUUUGUGACCACUCACGACUGCUCCUGUCUCAGAACAGUCACCUU